AAUUCUCUCUAUUCUUAUCACCUUCUUCUUCUUUUCUCAUCCCUUUCUUCUUCCCUUCUCAUCCCUAAUUCUUCCCUAAUACAAUCUACAUCAACACCCCUCAACCCAAAAAAAAAAUCCCAAAGAAAACCCUACAAACCAGCAAAGAAAAAGAAUGAUUUUAUAGAAGACUAUAUAGCAUGGAUCAAUUGAAGUAAUACAAAAGAAAAGAAUAUCUUCAAGCUCCUUAGCCAGAGAGGCCUAAAAAGAGGUCAUGAAAUAAAAUCCAUCCCAUAGUCCUCACACUUAUUCUCAAAGACACCUUCGUUUUUUUCCAUCCAAAUAACCCAUACUGUAGCAAAGAAGGCACAAAGCCAAAGGGUCUUCCAUUUUCUACGUCCACUGAAAUCCAUAUCAUCUGGACAUAGAAGAGAUGUCAUGGUCCUUGAUCCUUGGUGGUGCCCAAUAAAUUCCCUCAACAUCAAAUAACUUAUUUCAUAGUGAUUGUGUCAACGGACAAUGCAAAAAUAAUUGAUCCACACAUUCACUAUCACCUUUACACAUGACACACCAUUAUGGAAGGAGACACUUAUUGGGUCUUUUCUUUAGAAGAACAUCAUUGGUACUGAUCUUAUAAUGAGCAAUUAUCCAUACAUAAAAUUGCACCUUUAAAAGCACUUUAGCUUUUCAAAUCUUAAGUGAUGAUUGGAAUAAUGGAACUAAAGGUUCAUUAGUUUGAGACUUAAAGAAAGAUCUACAUGAGAAAACACUAGUCGUUAGAAUACUCUAAUGAUACUAUGAUAUGAAGUUGAUUUCAAUACCUGUCAUUGAUUGGCAUGCUAGAAACUUGUUUACUCGUUCACGUGUGCAAUACUGUUUAUCAAUAUGAAUACAAAUUGUAAACUGAGAAACUAAAUAUGGUAUGUAUAUUUUCAGGCUUUGGUGCAGAUGAGAAGUUGGUUCAGUCGCUUUCCAACUAUUUUACAGGCUUGUGAGAGCAUCAUUGAGAUGCUUAGAGGGCAGUAUGCCCAUUCUGUUGGUUGUUAUGGUGAAGCUGCUUUUCAUUUUGUCGAGGCUUCAAAGCUGACUGAGAGCAAAUCAAUGCUAGCUAUGUGCCAAGUUUAUGCAGCAGUCUCUUACAUUUGCAUUGGUGAUGCAGAAUCAUCUUCAAAGGCUCUUGAUUUGAUUGGACCAGUUUACAGAGUUAUAGAUUCUUUUGUUGGAGUGCGCGAGAGAACCAAUGUCUAUCUUGCUUAUGGGUUUUUACUUAUGAGACAACAGAAUCUACAAGAAGCACGGUAG